AUGUUUCAAGAAAUGCUCACGCGUCAGGAUCCCGCUCAGAACAAUGUUAUAUUCAUGUUCUCCAUUAUGCUGAUUAUGCUUGCCUUCGGAGCGUUACAGUCCACUUGCGAGCCGCCGACUGUGGAAGACAUCCUCGAAGUCUUUGCGUUGUUCCGAGGACCUAGAGCUCUGUGGAAUAUUCGGGAUACUGCGGAAACCGAGCUUGGCGAGGCUAUAAUGUCUGGAGACAAGCUUGAAGUCGCAUCCUCGGAUUUGAUCACCCCCGGAGCCGAGGAGAUCUUUGCAGAGCUGGACAAGACGGAAAUGGACGAAGUUUGCACGGAAGCUGCCCAGCUGCUGAGAAUCACUUGGGCUACGGUGAAGCUUGUUCCGAACGACCUCCGAGCUAUGGCGUAUUUCCCGGCCAUGGCAGACGAUGCGUUUUUUACAAAAGUCGCGGAGCACGAUGCGAAUGCUUUGUUGGUAUUGCGGCAUUUUGCUGUCGUCCUCAAGGCUCAUGAAGAGCGAUGGUGGGUUGGCAGGUGGCAUGAGAUCUUGGUCGCCGCGGUUGAUGCUGCGUGGCCGAAGGAUGUCCAGUGA